ACUCUUCUGAACCUGACACUGGAGACUCUUCUGAACCUGACACUGAAGACAGUGCUGAUUGGAAGGAGACCAGAGAAUCUGCUUCAGCCUCAAAAUCACUGAAAAAUAGACAAGAAUCUCUCAGUGAUUCAAGCCGUAGUGCUAUAAAGAAACAAUUUGGCUGCUCUGUGUGUACGAAAUAUUUUGCAUUAAGUCAAACUUUAAAAAAACACAUGAGAAUCCACACAGGAGAGAAACCAUACAGAUGCUCAGUCUGUAAGAAAUCUUUUUCACAGAGUGGAGGUUUAAAGGAACACAUGAGAAUCCACACAGGAGAGAAACCCUUUAGCUGCUCAUUUUGUACCAAAUAUUUUGCAUUUAGUAACAGUUUAAAAAAACACAUGAGAAUCCACACAGGAGAUAAACCAUACAGAUGCUCAGUCUGUAAGAAAGCUUUUUCACAGAGUGGAGGUUUAAAGGAACACAUGAGAAUCCACACAGGAGAGAAACCCUUUAGCUGCUCGGUUUGUACCAAAUCGUUUGCAGUUAGUGACAGUUUUAAAAAACACAUGAGAAUCCACACAGGAGAGAAACCAUACAGAUGCUCAGUCUGUAAGAAAGCUUUUUCACAGAGUGGACAUUUAAAGGAACACAUGAGAAUCCACACAGGAGAGAAACCCUUUAGCUGCUUGGUUUGUACCAAAUCUUUUUCACAGAGUGGACAUAUAAAGGAACACAUGAGAAUCCACACAGGAGAGAAACCCUUUAGCUGCUUGGUUUGUACCAAAUCUUUUUCAGUGAGUCGAAAUUUAAAAAAACACAUGAGAAUCCACACAGGAGAGAAACCAUACAGAUGCUCAGUCUGUAAGAAAGCUUUUUCACAGAGUGAAAGUUUAAAGCUACACAUGAGAGUCCACACAGGAGAGAAACCACACAGCUGCUCAGUCUGUAAGAAAGGUUUUUCACAGAGUAGAGGUUUGAAGACACACAUGAGAGUCCACACAGGAGAGUAAAUAUAAAGCUGCAAUGUUUGUGACAAAAGAUUUAAAUGGCAUGGUUAUUUCAAAAGACACAAGUGUGUUGGUCAUCAGUCCUCACAGCUUAAUGAAAUUCAAACUGAGGAUAACAGAGAGGCAGAGCCUCCAAUCAGCUGAACACAUGGAAACAGAAGCUGAUGGAGAGGACAAUGAAUAAGUCUUAAAGAGCCCAUGU